AUGGUCGACUGGCGCUCACUUGUGACCACCCUGGGGCACAUGUCAGCAGCCUUGGGACUUCUGGAUCAGGCAGGCAAGCUAUGCACCACCAAGGGGGUGGCUGCCUUUGCAGCAGGGCAAGGCGUGGUGAACGAUGUUCGCGCAGCCGAGCGGCUUUUGCAACGUGUGGUGGACUGGGAGAAGAACUUUGCAGAAGGCGAUACAAGUUUGGUUCAUGUGCAGAGUGGUGUGGACCAGAAGUUAGAUGACCUGCGCCAUGAGUAUGAAACCAUUGACCGUCAUUUGACCCGCACCGCCGCCACGGAAACGCGUCGUUUGGGCAACCUCGGGCAGCAGGUGGAUUCUAUUCUUUUUCACUACUUUCCUCAGUUAGGUUUCCACGCCUCGUUGCCCAAUCCGACUGGGCGGGAAGCUGAAACGAUGGAUGGACUGCAAGACGACAUUCCUCUACCUGCAUCAGAUUGGCGCUACCAGUUUGCAGGUUUUGGAAGACUCUUCUAUAAGUGCGACAGUGCCAGGCGCUUGGAUUGCGACGUAGGUGAUUUGGUGGUGGAGUCCCGGGGCGUGGAGCUGGAUCUGCUGACGCAGCUGCUGCAGCGUUUGCGGGUCCUGGAGCCCCGGCUGCGCUGCGCUGCGCAGCGCCUGGCGGAGCUGGAUGUGCUGCUGGCCUACACCGCGGCGGCCGUGAAGUAUCGCUGGGUGAGGCCGAAACUCAGCGAAGACGUGAAGCGUUUGCACAUCGUGAAGGGUCGACAUCCCCUGGUAGAAGCUGCUUCAACCGCACACCAUGGAUUCGUGUGCAACAGCACCGAAAUCGGGCUGGAAGAGGCAGAGAGUUACCGAGUUCAGGUCAUCACCGGUGCCAAUCUUUCAGGUAAAUCAGUGUAUUUGAAGCAAGUGGGGCUUAUCACCUACAUGGCGCAGAUUGGCUGCUUUGUGCCGGCUGAUGAAGCCGAGCUGGGGCUCUGUGAUUUUAUGUUUUCGCGCAUCCAAAGCUGUGAAACUGCCAGUGCCACGUGUUCAUCCUUUACUUUGGAUCUCUGCCAACUUUCCUUGGCCUUGAAGCAUGCGACGGCUUCGUCUCUUGUUCUGCUGGAUGAGUUUGGCAAAGGGACGCGCGCAGCUGAUGGGGUGGCGUUGCUGGGUGCUACCAUUGAGUUCCUGUGCCGAUGGAAGGAUGGCCCAAAGGCCUUGGUUGCCACCCACUUCACCGAGAUCUUCCGCUUGGGUUUGGUUUCUGAAACCGAGCCACAGCUCCAAGUGAGCCAUCUUCGUGUUUUACCGCAAUCUGAUGCCACUGCCUCUACCAUUGCGUAUCUCUACCAGUUGGUCCCGGGCUGUGCUGAGAAGAGCUUCGGCCUGGAGUGCGCCCGCAAGGCGGGGCUGGACGCCGAUGUCCUGCAGCGCGCCGCCGAGAUCCUGGCGACGAUCGAAGGCUCCAGGGCCAUCCCACCGCCCGCGGGGCACGCGCCAGGCGCGGCUGAUGGGCGCCGGGUGCUGUGCCAGGCCGUGGUGAGGCAGCUGUGUGCCUUGGAUCCGGAGAAGGAGAACGAAGCCAAGGCCUUUCUGGCCUUUGUGGCAGCACAGGGAAGUUUCCUGCAGAACUCAUGGUUCAAAAACCGUUGCAACUCUGCGGUGGGCGCGGAGUCCACGAAGUAUGUGGGGCUCUCAGUCACGAGGCGCCUUAGGCCGCUUUUAGUCUACAUAUUGUCGGCACUGAUUUGGACUGCGAGAGGUGUUGAAGCGGAGAAACCAGUUCCUGAGCCCCAAGAGGAGCCUCAGGAGACCGUUCGAGUUUUUGAACAUGCUGUGACAGAUUCAGAAGCAGCAGAACUUGAACACCUCAUUCAAAGAGGGCAGAAGACCUCAUGUUGUGGCUAUUGGGCCGAAAGAGGGGCAGCAAAAAUGCAGCAACUUGUGGCGCGGCAGCUGCAAAUCAGCAGAAGGCACCUUGGCGAUGUGCACUUUGACAACAUUACAGCCGUGCGAGCCGUUCGAGAUGAGCAUAGCCUCUGGAGUGGCAUCGCUGUGCUGUACCUUGAGGAUCUCGAGUCUUCCCAGGUCCAGCUGCAGAGCGAUCGACACGAAGUGGAGAUCUUGGAUGUGACCAGAGGCAGCUUGGUCCAGGUGCCUGAAGGAGCAGUCCUUGUGCAUACGAAACCCCUUCGGGUCGCCUGGACCCGAGUCCGGGCGCCCGAUGCGCCAAUGCGAGGUUUCUUUGAGUUUUACCUGGCGUCAUGGGUGCAACGGCACUUCGUGAUGCCGUACGACACCACACAGCAAAGAAAAUUCUUCCGCAAGCACACGCGGCAUCCGCGGUAUUGGCACGGAUUUUUGUGGAGUUUUGUUGGCACGUUCUGUUCGGUCUUCGCCUGUCUGCCCCUGGCCUGGUUCGGUGGUGGCCUCAGCCACUCUAGUGACUAA